AUGAGGCUGCAGCACUAUGAUGUCACAAUCCGAUACAAGUCAGGAAAAGAUCUUUUAUUAGCAGAUGGUCUGUCACGUUUGCCAUCAACGGACAACCAACACAUUGGUCUAGACCUGCAUAUCAACUUUGUUACAUUCAGCAACGAAAAAUUAGACCAACUUAGACAGGAAACCUCUAGUGACGGCACACUCCAUGGACUAAAAGAAGUCAUUAUCCAAGGAUGGCCAGAAAAAAUGAAAGAUCUACCAAGGAUGUUACAACAAUACUGGUCCUUCAGAGAUGAGUUAUCUAUUGAAGAUGGGCUAGUGAUAAAAGGCAGCAGAGUCAUAAUCCCAGCAUCAAUGCAAAAACUUGUGCUUGACCGCAUCCACGAAGGGCACCAAGGCAUCACAAAGUGCCAACUUCGAGCCAAAGACUCCGUGUACUGGACUUCAAUCAACAAGGACAUUGAAGAGAUAGUUCAGCAGUGUCCCACAUGCCAAGAAACGUCAAGGUCGCAAACAAAGGAAACCCUCAUCCCGCAUGAACUUCCUACACAACCAUGGAAAUAUGUUGGAACAGAUCUUUUCCAUUAUGGAGAAAAUGACUACCUGAUUGUUGCUGACUACUACUCAAAGUUUCCAAUUAUCAGAAAAAUGCCCAUACACGUUACAAGCACGGCUGUGAUCAAGGCAUUGAAGAAUUUGUUUUCUGAGUAUGGAGUCCCUGAAAGAGUAUAUAGUGACAAUGGACGUCAAUACAGCUCUGAAGAAUUUGUUAAGUUUGCUUCGAACUGGGAGUUUGAACAUAUAACAAGCUCACCCCACUAUCCUCAGUCCAAUGGAUUCAUCGAGAAGACCGUUCAGACGGUCAAAAACACCAUCAAUAAGGCAAAAAGAAGCAACCAGGAUCCGGAUAUGGCAUUGUUAACUAUAUGUACCACACCACUGGAUAGCAAGUUGCCAAGCCCAGCAGAACUUCUAAACGGGAGGAAGAUGAGGAGCAACCCCUUCACCUGCCUACAAAGGAAAGGCAGAAACAAGAAGUCUAUGAGAACUUCAAGAGGAAGCAAGACACACAAAAGCAGUAUUAUGACCCAGGAGCAAAAGACCAACAGAUACUGCUACCAGGCCAAGCUGUUCGAGUUCAAGACCACAUAA